UGAUGUUGUCUAUGGUGUGAUCAAAGAAAGGCGAAGCUAAACAAAAGGGUAGCAUGUUGAUAGCAUUUAUUGUUAAAUUAGUAAAAUAUGCUUAAUUAUUGACUAAAAAUACUUGUUUUUAUCAUACAAUUAAGUGAGUUCAUUAUUUAAAUACAGUGUUUUCUUAACAAUAUCAUAAAAUGAAGUACAAUGCUCAGUGUAAUGGAGGCCAUUAAAAGUAAUUAUUAUGUGUAUUGGCAUACUUAUUGGCCCAAGAACUAUCGGUGAUACGUUUAAAAUGGAUAUUUAACUGUUCGUGCUUAAAGCUGUAUGUAAAUAACAUGUCAAGAAACGAUACUUAGUGAAAUGGGAAAAAUCCGUAAGUGGUCAAUGUAAAUAGACCAUUAUAAACGAAACAUGGCCCAGAAUCAAGGGGAGGUUCAAGUGGGGACACCGAACCAACCCGUGAAAGAUAAGGAUAUAUAUGCAUGCCUCCCUGAUAUGCGUGUGAAUGGCCCGCUCGGCCCUGACGAACCGUGUCCAGGAGGCGAAGAACUCCGGUGGCUGCCCGCGCAGGCGACUGACCGAGAUCUUGUUAUGUACUUAAGAGCUGCUCGUUCUAUGGCUGCAUUUGCUGGUAUGUGCGACGGAGGCUCCCCUGACGAUGGCUGCGUGGCCGCCAGUCGCGAUGAUACUACUAUAAAUGCAUUAGACGUUUUACAUGACUCUGGUUAUGAUCCUGGACGUGCUUUGCAAGCUCUAGUGAAGUGUCCAGUUCCAAAAGGAAUUGAAAAGAAGUGGUCCGAAGAAGAAACUAAAAGAUUUGUGAAAGGCAUCCGUCAAUUCGGUAAGAACUUUUUCAAAAUUAAAAAGGAUCUAUUACCUCAUAAAGACACUGCAGAAUUAGUAGAGUUUUAUUAUUUGUGGAAAAAGACACCAGGUGCUAGUAGUAAUAGGCCUCACAGAAGAAGGAGACAAGCUUCAUUAAGACGAGUUCGUAACACUAGGAACUCUCGUGCUGGUACACCUAAAGAACAAACACCUGAAGCAACACCCACUGUUCCCGAUACAAAUGGUUCUAGGCCAUCACCCAAUCCUAAAGAGGCUGGGGAAAUGAGCUCUGUUACAGAGGAUGAGAAUUCUGAAGAAGACAGUGAUUCUAGAGAUGCUGGUGAUUUGGCUAAAGCAGAUAAUGGCAGAAUGGACAAUCCUGAAGAUUCACCGAGUAGAAUGAGAACUAGGAAUAAGUCUAAAGAACAAACUACUCCAAAUGGAAAGAAAGGACAAGAUGAAAGUGAUAAUGAUACAAAAUCUAAAACAAAACCUAGCAACAAACCAAAUACACAAAGUACAAACAACAAUGUUACAGAUAAGGUUUUAUCAUCACCAAUCAGCAAAGAUGCAAAGAAAAAGGUUGCAGUGACAAAUGGAAAAGUAGAUGUUUCUAAAGUUAAGAAGCGUCUUCCAGAUGAUUCUAAAAUAGAAGGAAUAAUGGAUGGUGAUGUACAAAUGAAGAAGAAAAAGGCUGAUGAAAAUCCACCUGAAAGCCCAUCAGGCAGUCUUACAAAUGACAGCUUCUCAGCAAUGGAUGAAAAUGUUGAACCUGAGGCUGAAGUGUGUGACUUUAGUUUCAAUAAGACUGAUAAAGAAAAUGCAGACCAAUCUAAGGAACCAGAAUCAGAAAAACCAACUCCAAAACCUAUGGAAAUUCCAAUAAAGGUGGAACCUAAUCCUGAACCAAUAGUUAAAACUGAAAAGGAAUGUUUACAACCAUCAUUUAAGGUUGUACCAGAAAAGGAUGACAGAAAUGUUUUAGAUUUUAAAGUUGAUGCAAGUGCACCAAAAAGUAUUGAUAAUGUGGAGCCUAGACCACUAACAAUUCCAAAUGCAAUAUUUCCAAAAACUGAACUUAUUAUACCUAAAGUUACUCCAAUGUCUACAGAACCAAUGGAAAAAAUUAAAAUCAAAGAAGAAGUAGAUCCAGAGGACCAAUCACUUAACUUACACAAAGAUGACUUCCAGAAAGAUCCACUUGCUCAUAAUCGUCCAGGACAUUCAUUAAACCAACCUAAUAAGCCUCUUAAUUUAGAAAAUACUAAUUUCUUUGUCAAAGAUAGUCAUAUCUACAAUCCCAAAUUGAACCACAGCAUAAAAAUUGAAGGUGGAAUGCCUGGCAAUAUAUUCAAUCCUAUGAAUAUUUCGUCAAAAGAUAAUCCGAUCAUUAGAAGUUCUAAAGACUUCUCAGCAGGGCUACCCUCAUUUCCGUACCCUCCUAGUAUUAAUUAUGCAAAUGAUCCUAAUAAACACAAUCCUCAUAUAAACCCAUUGAAAACAGUUAUUAAAUUAGAACCAAGAGAUGAAACUAGUGAGAUGAAAAAUCAGAAUACACCAGAAAUAUUUACAGCCACAAUAUCAACAGCUAGUAAAGUGGAUUCUCCGAAUGCACCUAGAUUAGACACAUUGCAAAGGAUCAGUCCAUCACCUACUAAUACAAGGGGAUCAUCACCACCUCCCAUGGAACAUCCAACAACAACCAAUACAGAACCAAUAUCCCCAGCUAAUUCUCAGGAAAACAAGGAAUCUGAUGCUGAUGAUAAACAGCCAACUGACUUGAAGACUCACCCAAUGCCAAAAUUAGACUCUCAUAAUAAUAGUUUGAGACAACCUCUUUUCCAACCUCCUAUUAGACCUGAAAAUCUUGGAGUCAGGUCGACUGAAGCUUCUUCAACCCCAGUGUCUGGUCAGAGUAUGCCUCCUCCUCUUAGUCAACCAACCAUUGCCGGUUUGCUUCCCCCUGGUCCUUUAAUAUCUGUGGGAAGUGGUUCCAAUGUUGGGCCCUAUGGGUUCAUGCCUACUUCACUAUAUGGACAUCCAGGACAUCCUAGUCUAGACAAACCAGGAUCACUGCCACCUUUGAUUCAACAAAUACCCCCAACUCAUGGCCUUCCAGGUAGUAAUUUGAUACCACCACCAUCAAAUCCAAAUGACCCAUCUAUGCCUCAGGAUUUGAAGAUCAAGCAAGAAGUGCCUGAUAGUAUGCCAGCUAAUCUAUCCACACAGGGUUCAGACCCAUUGCAGUCAUUGAAAGAAGUUAAAGUGCCUGGUUACCCAAUUGGAAGUGCCAUAGCACAACAUUUAAGUACAGAAAGAGAUAGAGAGUCUAUAUCGAGUGUUGAAAACAACAGCAGACCAUCAAGUCAACCAGCUAAUGAAAGUACAAAUAUGCCUAGUGCGUUCCUUGGCCCUAGAAUAGAGAGCAUAAAGAAGGAGCCUGAUUUUAUGCAUCAGCCUCACAUUCCUCCUGCAACUACUAGUCAAGGAAGUGGAUCAGACUCGGCGAGUACUGCGCCACCAGUGAAGAGUCCACACACUCCAACUCCAAUAAAGAGUCAACCAAGUCAUAAUGGAACCCCAGGACAUCCUCAUCCUUCAGCCACAACAUCUCCUUUUUCGAGACAUUUGACCAGUCCGUCACAGCCACGGCAAAUAUCUGCGUCCCCUGUGCAACCUAAUACCCCUGUAUCACAUUCAGCUCUCAAUUUAAUGAACCCAACUCCACUUACAAUACCUGCAACUAUUCCGGGUCCAGUUAUGCACUCUGGACAACAACCUGGACAUCCACAUCAUCCCUUUGCAUCACCUCUUCAUCACCCACAUCAUCCUUUGUUACAUCCCUCAAUCUUCCAGCUGUCUGCAGCUGCUGCCGCACAUGCGAUGCAUCCUUAUUACCCACACCCUCAUCCUGGUUAUUCAAUGCCUUAUCCAUACCCAUAUGGACCUUUACCACAGCCGCAUCCAAUCCCACCCAUGCAUCCGGGAUCGAGCACGCCAGGCAGGCAUGAUCCAGUGAAACCAUCUACUAUUGAAUCUACAACAAUGCUUAGUUCGCAUCACAGCACUAGUUCAUCAGUGACCACAAGAUCUUUAAGAGAAAUAUCAGAGAGUAGCGACGAUCCGAGAAACCCAAAUGCAACAGAAAGACACCAGUUGCAUGAGACUACUAUGACUCAUCAUCAUUCUACAAGCCAUCAUAGUGCAGUGCAUACAAGCACAGAGAAACAGCCCAGUCAUGUUGGAGGUGGAACCAAUCACACCCUUUCUAUAUCUCAUUCAACAUCCAGUAGUUCAUCCCAAUCUAUACAGCAUAAAAUUAAUACACAACAGAAAAGCAGCUCCCAUUCCAGUUCUCCCCAUCAUUUGUCCGCCAGUGUUUCCCAAACAACCAGUUCUUCAUCAAGUGUUAAUGUAACAAAUAAUCAUACACAUCAUCAUUCUCAUCACUUGGCUCACCAUCCAGAACGGCUGUCUCCAGCUGAUUCUAUGUUAUUACGACAUCAUCCCAAGAUGCUUCCGGGCAAUCCAAAUCACCUUAUGAUUCAACCGCCAUCUAUGGGUCAUCCAAUGGGACUUGGAUUACCUCCAGGCCCUGGUCCCAGUUCUAUUGAGAGUUUACGUUUACACGCCCAGGCUGCCGCAGGUCUACAGGCUCAUAGAUCUGGAUCUCCUCAUCAAUUGCCCCAUGGUCACCCUCAUUUACGAGGUCCUCCAAGACCAUUGUCUGACGAAACUCCUGAACUUAAGCUCGAAACACAAUCUCAACCAGAGGAGGAAGAAAUUCCUAGUCCUGCUCAUAUACCUCAUGGACCUAGCCCUGAGCCCAAAAUCGAAGAUACUGAAUGUCACAGAUCACAAUCUGCUAUAUUCUUGAGGCAUUGGAAUCGUGGUGAUUAUAAUUCGUGCACGCGAACUGAUCUCAUUUUCAAACCGGUGCCGGAAUCGAAGCUGGCGCGUAAACGUGAGGAGCGUUUGAGGAAACAAGCAGAACGUGAUAGAGAGGAAAGAGAAAAAAUAGCUCAACAGGCACAUCGUAAGAUAGCAACGCCUGAGAAGCCUGAUACGAAACCGCCGUCUAGAGGUGCGAUAGAAACGAUAACGUCACCAUACGACAGGUUUCCUAGACCGCCUGGUUAUCCUGACACCCCGGCAUUGCGGCAAUUAUCUGAGUACGCACGCCCGCAUGCCGGAUUCAGUCCUGGAAACCUACCGCGUCACUGCAUGGAUCCUAUGUUGCAAUACCAACUAUCGUCUAUGUAUGGAGCGGCAGGUGCACGCGAGCGGCUUGAACUAGAACAUCUCGAAAGAGAAAAACGAGAUAGAGAAAUUAGAGAACUUCGAGAGAGGGAGUUGAAUGACAGAUUGAAAGAGGAACUGUUGAAGAAUAAUGUCGGUCCUCGCGCUCUCGACCCGCACUGGCUUGAGAUGCACAGGAGAUACGGAAUGCCUCCUCCGCCGCCACAAGGCGCGAUACCUGUUCAAUUCGGUUUAUAUCCGCCGGGACACGGUCCCGCGGCCCUGUCGCAACUGGAACGCGAGCGGCUGGAACGUCUGGGGAUCCCACCAGCAGCCGCUACGGGUGCACCCCCCUCGGUGCCAGUAUCCGCCGCGCCAGGGCACCACCCGCACCACCCCCACCCAGGUGUGGCGGCCGCACAACUCGAAGCCGCUGAGAGACUAGCCCUCGCCGCGGAUCCGAUGGUACGUCUCCAAAUGGCAGGGAUCAACCCUGAAUACCAUGCUCAUACACAUGCGCACACUCACGCGCAUUCCCAUACCCAUUUGCACUUGCACCCCGGGCAGCAGGCGGCGGCGCAGGCGCAGCAAGAAGCGUUGGGACUCAGCUUGGGUGCGGGGGCGCCGUACCGGCCGCUGCCGCACCCGGACCUUCUGGGGCGACCUUACGCGGAGCAGCUGGCGCAGCAGGCGGCCGCGCACGAACAGUUGCAGCGACAGUUGCUUCUGGAACGGGAACGUGGAUUCCUGCACCCGGCGCACCAUGAGGACUUCCUGCGCCAGCAGCGCGAGCGCGAGCUCAAAGUGCGCGCUCUGGAAGAAGCGGCGCGCGCGUCGCGUCCGUAGUGUCCCGCCCCCUAGCGGCCCCCGCAGGACUCUGUCGUCAUUGUAGUGGAGUAACAGUGAUAUGGUUGUGGAUACGACGUGACCAUAACACCAAAUUGGUGUUCAUAUGCAGUGCACUGCCUGUGACGUCAGUCAAAAUUGUGUAGUGCACCUGUAAUAUAAUUUAUAAGAAGUGUUCACUUCUAGAGUAUUGAGGACAUGAAAAUAUAUUUCAUAAGUAUGUGUGACUUACAUUUGUAAUUUAUAUUUAUAUAAUUUUAUAAUGAUUUUAUAGUUGCAUGGUCUUGUACGCUUAUUUUCCAUGCUCAAAUUUUAUUUUUUAACUACUAGUCAUAAUUAAAAUUUUUGAAUAUGAGGAAACAGUCACACAUUUGAAUAUAAUACCUACAUGUGUUUACUUUAAAUUAUUCAUGUAAUUCAUAACAAGAAUAGGUUAUUUGACUGUUAGAAAACAAUUUGUUAUGGCUGAGAAUGUUGUUACACUGCUUACAGUAUUCAAAUCUUACAUGUUUUUUUUACCAGGUUGUUAACUUGGCAAUGGUUUAAUAUUAUAAAUCGUCUACUUUAUAUACAAACUUUAUCAUCAUAGUAUAACUGCCUAAGUAUAAUAAAAAAUGUUUUUUUUUGCUUCAAAUUUUGUAGAAAGUUACUAUUUUUACACUAUAUCCUUUUCAGUCAAAUUACCUUAUCUUGUAUAACUAAAGGUGCUUGUAUCAUUUGUGUGAGCCACAAGAAAGCAAAUAAUAUUGUUGUAAAAUACAUUGAUUUUAUGUUCAUGACAUAAUACUUAAAAAAUAUGGUAAAUAUUUAAAGUGAUAGGUAAUGACUUGCCUUUCUCAUCAAACUUGCCUUUGAAUUGAUGUUCUCUAGUGACUUUCUUACUCUGUAAUUCUAAGAUUAUAAUAGAGACAACUGUUUCUCUUAAAUUAUUUACUGUUUUAAUAUAAUUUAUUGUUUCAAAUAGUAUUUAUCUAGCUCUCAUUAAGUAAUAUUAAAAGAAAAUGUUCUGGCAGGUAAUUCAUUAUUUUUAAUACCACACCACAUAUCAUUAAAUGUUUUGUUAUUAAGUAGUCUGACAACAUUGUCUGGCUAUAUGCAAUAAUUUGUCUAAUCUGUACUCGCUAGAUACUCAUCACGAUUUCCAAAAUGGACGUGAAUGCUAAAACUUGACAGGCAGGUAGAUUACACUACCUGACAUAUAAAAACGGCUUUCCCGAAAUACCUAUUCAAAUGAAGCCAUGAGCAACAGUUAGCAUGCAAUAAUAUUAUCAUAAUGUUGAGAUUGUGCUAGUAAAUAUGAGUUAUGUCUGCAGAUGGUGUUACACAUUUAUUUUUAACUUUAUUACCAGUGACCACUCAAUGUUAUGACUGCUAACAAUAGCUCAUAUUAGCGUUUUUGUAAUAAACUGAAGAAUUAUAGCCCUGCGAGCUCUACUGUUCAUUAUAUUUCUUUACGUGGUUCGUAUAUUUUACAUCUCGUAUUUUCAGCUGUAUAUUAAAUUGCAAAACGAAUACAUAUAUUAAUCCAUAAAACAUAUUUUCCUUAAGAAUAUUUUAUAAAAAUUUAAUUUUACUCCACAGUUAUAUUCUGAGUAGGUUAAUUAUGUGGUAACAGGAAAAUCGUUUACUUCAUAAAUAAAUAUUUAAUAGUGAGUUGUACAAAACAUGAUGUUUGUAAAUAACUCGCAAUAUUACUUGGAAAUGCUGCUAUUUUCAGCUACAUUUUCAAGUAUGUAAUGUUUAAACUUUUUGAUAUAACAUGAAAUUUUUGACAGGUGUGAGAAAUUCAAAAUAGUAGUAUACUGUGUACUAUGUUAAAUGGUAUAGUUGAAUAUCACAUUAUUGUAGGGAAUGUUAAAUUCAAUAUUUCUUUCGGUCUGAAUGAUCGUUGUACAGUACAUAUGGUAUAUUAUAUAGCACAGAUAAAUAGAUUUUAGUCACGCAAACAUGUUCGAAAUUGUUAAUUUCGCGCAUUAAGCACAUUGAAGUUAAGUUAUUCAGUAAAUAAUGAAUGGUUAAAGAAAAUUCUUGUAAUAAGUAAAUGUGUAAGUUGUAAUUUUGCGCCCAAUGUACACAUUUCUAUAAUUCUAUUGCACUGUAAAGUAGUAUAAAAUCUAUUUGUAACAAACCCAAUCGCAUUAGAAUUGCAAAAGUUUAAAUUUUUAGAUAUUAUAGAUUCUGAUUUAAAUUUCUAUGUCGCUUCGUAGAUGUUAUGUUGGGCACGAGCCAUAGUUUUCAUUUCGAUAUUUAAAAGAGAAAAUGAGUAUUAUUUUUAGAGACAAAUUAUAUCUUAAUUAAGAGAUUGCGUGUCGGUUUAUAACUUCAUUUAUUUAGAUAAUAAGGUUAAAUGGAUGUCUUAGUGCUUUUGUGUAAAUUUUUUUGAAUAAUAUAUGUGAAAAAAUUC